CACAAGAUGCCGGGCCUCAUCCCCCUUCGCAUGAGCACGCUCAUUCCAGCUUCAAAAAUCACAUUCACUACCUCGGAAGAGAAAUCCAGUUACACACCUAGCCAUACCUCUUGGGGACCGACGCCAUCCGGACCGCGAACAAACGAGGUGCCUAGGCGAACAGCGCGAGAGCGAACAAUUCCCGCGCCUAUCAUCGCCCCUAAACCGAUCCCUUCGACACCUGAGCAAUGGAAGAGGGCGUUGGGCGAUGUUAAGAGAGAUUUUGUCAACCGAAAAUACCGUCAAUGUUCCGUUCGAUGCCACGAAUUUCUUGAGGGUAUCAACGACUCGAACAAGCCGGAGACAGCAUGCCUCAUCUACAUUCGCUUUUACGCAGCUUCUGCACUCGAAAUGCAGGUCCGCUCGCUCCAACCAAACUCUCCGUACCGCUCAAAGCUCCUCUACCAAGCCCGCGAUCACUAUCGCAUUGCCGCUCGUCUCAGCAGAGAGGAUGAAGCCGCUAAGCGACGCUCAGACGCCUCAAUCUCCACGGUCUCUACUAGAAUCUCAUCACCCUCGCUGUCAAUCAGCUCUCUGGAUAGCUGUUUGAAGAGCCCCUACGGCCGAACCAAGCCGAAGAAGCGCGUCGCUUUCUGUGACGUGCCGUCUUAUGAGCCAUCUCCCGAGCCAUCCUACGAGUCCAGCUAUGAACCCAUCGUGCGUCCAGACUCCCCUACUCUCGGAUUCGACGACGACUGGGGCGUUCGCGUGCCCACGCCGGAACCUCCGGCCCUCUACUCGCAGCCUCUCCGGUUCGGCUCCGGGAGGUCGCAGUUCCCACUCCCUUCUCCUACGAACUCCGAGUUCAGCGUCGUCCAAGACGACGAAAAGUAUUAUGAUACUCCCACAGCUGCGGACAGCUUUCUCCAUGCCCGCUCCGUCCACCACUACUGCACCGUGCUUUCGGGUCUGCAGCGGCAGAUCGCCUCUCACCUGGAAUGGUUGGAGCGCGACAUUGCCGCCGCAGAGAACUCCAAGUCUACGCCUCUCUUGAACGAGGAAAUGCGUGCUCUGGAGCUGCAGACGCGGAUCGAGCGGCUGAGGGCCAACGGCUGGAAGCGACAGCGGUUCGACUUCCGCAAGUACGAGGCUCUUCGAGAGAGUGCCUUGGCCGAUAUCAAUUGA